AUGCUGCCCAUUACAGACUCCCUGCUGCGCCUGCUGGGCCUGGAGAAGACGACAUUCCGCCUGUAUGCCGUGUCCAUGAUCUUCCUCUUCCUGCUCUUCUUCCUCUUCCGUCUCCUGCUACGUUUCCUGCAGCUCUGCCGGCAUUUCUACACCAUCUGUCGCCGCCUGCGCUGCUUUCCCCAGCCUCCGAGGCGUAACUGGCUGCUGGGCCACUUGGGCAUGUAUCUCCCAAAUGAGGGAGGCCUCCGAGACGAGACAAAGGUGCUACACAAGAUGCACCAUGCGCUUCUGGUGUGGAUUGGACCUGUGCUGCCGCUGGUGGUGUUGGUGCAUCCCGACUAUAUUAAGCCUCUCUUGGGGGCCUCAGCGGCCGUUGCACCCAAAGAUGACCUUUUCUAUGGCUUCCUUAAACCAUGGCUGGGAGAUGGGCUACUGCUCAGCAAAGGUGACAAGUGGAAUCGCCACCGCCGUCUACUGACACCUGCCUUCCACUUUGACAUCCUGAAGCCCUACAUGAAGAUCUUCAACCAGUGCACGGACAUCAUGCAUGCCAAAUGGCGGUGCCAGGCAGAGGGCAAAGUGAUUUCCCUUGACAUGUUCAAACAUGUCAGCCUCAUGACGUUGGAUAGCCUCCAGAAAUGUGUCUUCAGCUACAACAGCAACUGCCAAGAGAAGAUGAGUGAUUAUAUCUCAGCCAUCAUUGAGCUGAGUGCCCUGGUGGUUCGGCGCCAAUAUCGUCUGCACCAUCACCUCGACUUCAUCUAUUAUCGCACGGCAGAUGGGCGGCGUUUCCGGCAGGCCUGUGACACUGUGCACCAAUUCACGGACGACGUCAUCCGGGAGCGGCGACAGGCACUGCACAAGCAGGGGGCUGAUGCCUGGCUGAAGGCCAAGCAGGGCAAGACCUUGGACUUCAUCGAUGUGCUGCUCCUGGCCAAGGAUGAAGAUGGGAAGGAGCUGUCCAAUGAGGACAUCCGAGCUGAGGCUGACACCUUCAUGUUUGAGGGUCAUGACACAACCUCCAGUGGGCUUUCCUGGGUGCUGUUCAACUUGGCAAAACACCCAGAGUACCAGGAGAAGUGCCGGGAGGAGAUUCAGGACGUCCUGAAAGGCCGGGAGCUGGAUGAGCUGGAAUGGGAUGACCUGACUCAGCUGCCCUUCAUCACCAUGUGCAUCAAGGAGAGUCUACGCCAGUUCCCACCUGUGACCCUCAUCUCCCGCCGCUGCACAGAGGAUGUCAAACUCCCCGAUGGGCGCAUCAUACCCAAAGGAAUCAUCUGCCUAGUCAGCAUCUACGGGACGCACUACAACCCCUUGGUGUGGCCAGACUCCAGGGUGUACAAUCCCUACCGAUUUGACCCGGAGAACCCACAGCAACGUUCGCCAUUGGCAUAUGUGCCCUUCUCUGCAGGACCCAGGAACUGCAUCGGGCAGAGCUUCGCAAUGGCUGAGAUGCGCGUGGUGGUCGCCCUGACACUGCUACGCUUUCGCCUGACCGUGGAUCGAACGCACAGGGUGCGGCGGAAGCCCGAGCUCAUCCUGCGCGCAGAGGAUGGCAUCUGGCUGAACGUAGAACCCCUGCCUCCGCGCGCCUGA